AUGGCCAGCUUGACCACCAUGGAGAAGUUGAUCCUCUUCCACAAGCUCGAGAGAGACCUGUUCCACCGUCUAGUGCACGACCUCGCCCAGGACCCGGUGCCGAUGCUCUGGGUGAUCGCGUUCUGGCUCUGGCUCGAGUCCGAUGGCCACCACGACUUCAUCCGCCGCGUCUCCGCGCUGCCAGGACCUGUUGUGCUGCGGUUCGUCGACGAGGCUAUCGCGUGCCUCCGCUGCCUCGCCCGCCAGGGCCAUGGGCAUGCGGCCGGCACAGGCACCGGCGACGGCCGCGAGAGGUGCCUACCCUGCACGAACGCGCUCUUGACCAAGCGCAUAGACGACGUGGGCUACUUCGAAGGGCACCGCGAGGUCUUUGAUGGCGUCACCUACCAGUACAGGAGCGUAUGCCUCGCCGUUUGUGAUGUCAGCAGCAACAGCACUUGUGUGCCCACAAGCGGUGUGCUUGCUGCGCCACCUAUGGUCGGCUCCCCUGUCCUCACCGCCCCGACGGUGGCAUCCUUUCCACUAAACCCGAUGGCAUCGCCGUGGAUCCCUUUGCAGAGCCCCCCGCCAGACGACUACCGCUCCCUAUUUAUCACCUUCUCCAGAGGCUACCCCAUUAACAGGGAGGACAUCAUGGACUUCUUCGACUCGGUGUACGGGCCGUGCGUGGAGACGGUGAUGAUAGAGAAGGUGGCGCCAGGGCAGCUGCCGGUGUACGGUCGCAUGGUGCUGCGCAGCGCGGCGAUGAUCCCAGUGGUGCUGAACGGGCGGCAGACGGCCAAGUUCCUGAUCAAAGGCAGGCACCUCUGGGCCAGGAUCUACGUCCCCAGCUCCAGGCUCUCCUACGCCUGA